UUUCAAUCAACUCCUUACUAAAACAAUACAAGUAGAGGUCGCGUCUGAAACACUGUCUCGAUCGUUAGAAAAUGUUUGGCUCAACGAACACAGGAUUUGGAGGUACCUCGUCAACUUUUGGUUUUGGUACCUCUACUUCUACGACGAAUAGCCUCGGCCUUGGAACGCUGGAUAAUCCAAUGAAAGACUUGGAAAUACAAAGUCCGCCAGAUGACACAGUUAGUUCUUUGAAGUUCUGUCCGAAAGCUGACUUCCUUAUCGCAUCAUCUUGGGCAAAUGAUAUUCGAUGUUGGGAAGUCAGAGAAGAUGGUCAGAUUGUUCCUAAGGCACAGCAAAAUCAUACAGGUCCAAUCCUGGAUUGCUGCUGGCAUGAUGAUGGCACAAAAGUGUUUACAGCAUCCACUGACAAACAGUGUAAGAUGUGGGAUUUGAAUUCCAAUCAAGCCAUCCAAGUGGCUCAGCAUGACAAACCAGUCAAAACAUGUCACUGGGUACAGGCACCAAACUACAGCUGUCUUAUGACUGGCAGUUGGGACAAUACACUGAAGUUUUGGGACACUAGGUCAAAUAAUCCCAUGAUGGUUAUAACACUUCCAGAGAGGGUCUACUGUGCAGAUGUGGUGUACCCAAUGGCCAUUAUUGGAACUGCACAGAGAGGAAUAAUUUGUUAUCAGCUGGAGAAUCAGCCAUCAGAAUACAAGAGGAUUGAUUCACCACUGAAGUACCAGAACCGCUGUGUGAGUAUUUUCCGAGAUCCAAAGAAAAACAACCAGCCUGUUGGCUUUGCUCUUGGCUCAGUUGAAGGAAGAGUUGCAAUCCAGUUCAUUCAACCACAAAACCCGAAAGACAACUUUACAUUCAAGUGUCACAGAUCUAACGGAACAGGAAAUGCAAACUAUCAAGACAUUUAUGCUGUAAAUAAUAUUGCUUUUCACCCUGUGCAUUGCUGUCUGUUGGCCACUGUAGGAUCAGAUGGAAAGUUUAGUUUCUGGGACAAGGAUGCUCGUACAAAGCUUAAGACUUCUGAGCAGCUGACCAUGCCCAUAACGGCCUGUACUUUCAAUUCAAAAGGAAACAUAUUUGCUUACAGCUCUAGCUAUGACUGGUCAAAGGGACACGAGUACUUCAACCCCCAACUCAAGCCCAAGAUCUUUCUCAGAAAUUGCACAGAUGAGCUGAAACCCAGGAAAAAAUAAAUAUUAUAAAGGAUGUUGUAGAUCUCUCACUGACUUCUGUGCAAUGAGCAAGUCCUGCACCAGCCAUCAAGAACUUGGCUUAGUUUAAGAGUACUUGCAUUGAGAUGUAAUCAAAUGAUAGACCAUAUGACAAAGUCAAUGGAAUGGAAAUUAUGUAGCUGUAAAGCAAACAUUAGAUAUCAUGGUUAUCAUGUCUAGUUUAUAGGAAUUACUCUUAGCUCAGAUGGUACGAGUAUUGUAUCACUUAACCCUUUACUCUCUGAUAUCAGCAUGCAUAUUCUCCUUAUUGUUCUGUACACAUUUCUUUUGGUACUGAUAAGGAGAACUCGUUAAAAAAAUCAAAGCUUUUUAGGUUAGCGUUCAUUCCCUGUAUUCUCAUGAUCUCAAUGAAUUAUUCGCCAGUAUCACUGAAAGGCGAAAUUGGAUGCUGGUCACUCUCAGGUGUUAAAGGAUUUAUGCUGAUAUAAUAGAGCAAUAUAAAUGUUGUUCAUAAACUUCUACAUGUACUACGUGAAGAAAAACCUGAAGAUGCGCAGAAAUACAGAAUGUUUUUAAAAAUACUACUUUGCUCGUAGAGAUAUAUUAGAUUUGGCGCUUGAAAGAAAGACACUUCACUCUCGGAAUGUCCCUCUUUAUCUGGAGGAACUUAUAUAUAAUUUCUUCAGCGGAAGUAAAGAUGGCUAGACAUUGGAUCUCUUUUACGUUGUUUUACUUAUCAACACGAAUUAAAGGUCCAUUAAAAUAUAAAAAAGGACACAGGCCAAUGUUCCGUCACCCGCACUACCAAGUUUUGUCGGUAACAGCUGCGGUGAACGGCCAAAAGGUUACUCUAUGAGAUUAAACAAAUUUGUCAUGA